AUGGAUCUCAGAGCAGACUCUGGUGAAGAGGACGCCCACAGGCUAAAGGUCCCCCCUCUAGGACGCCCACAGGCUAAAGGUCCCCCUCUAGGACGCCCACAGGCUAAAGGUUCCCCUCUAGGACGCCCACAGGCUAAAGGUCCCCCUCGAGGACGCCCACAGGCUAAAGGUCCCCCUCUAGGACGCCCACAGGCUAAAGGUCCCCCUGUAGGACGCCCACAGGCUAAAGGUCCCCCUGUAGGACGCCCACAGGCUAAAGGUCCCCCUGUAGGACGCCCACAGGCUAAAGGUCCCCCUGUAGGACGCCCACAGGCUAAAGGUCCCCCUCUAGGACGCCCACAGGCUAAAGGUCCCCCUGUAGGACGCCCACAGGCUAAAGGUCCCCCUGUAGGACGCCCACAGGCUAAAGGUCCCCCUGUAGGACGCCCACAGGCUAAAGGUCCCCCUGUAGGACGCCCACAGGCUAAAGGUCCCCCUGUAGGACGCCCACAGGCUAAAGGUCCCCCUCGAGGACGCCCACAGGCUAAAGGUCCCCCUCCAGACUUGACAUGCGGGCUGCAGGUGUGGGAUAACCUGUGGGAAUACCUUUCCAUCCCAGACUCAGUGUUUGAGCACUGCCACAAUGGUGGUAUAGAGUGUUUGAGCACUGCCACAAUGGUGGUAUAG